GCACCAUCCGUGUAGGCGACGCCUUGUUCCGAGUUCAUUCAGUUGGCGUCCGCACCUCAAGGUUAGAAAGCGGCUUCGCGUAAGUUCAUGCCGAAAUGUUGGGGUCCAGUGCGGGAGUGAAAAGAAAAAGAGUUGUUUUGUCAAUUGCUACGAAACUGCAAAUUGUUGAAUGUGCCAAAAAGGGAGAAUCAAUUGCUAAGCUUUCAUCUGAAUUUAACAUCAGAAAUCAAACAGUGCGUGAUAUUGUUCAGAAGAAAGGUGAACUCUACAAGUUCGUAACUUCAUCUGAUACAUUUAACGGGACGAGUGCACACAAGACAACAAAGGGUUCAAAAUUUGACGAUCUGGAUAGAGCUGUGUUCGAAUGGUCCAAGCAAAAACGCGCCGAGGGAUGUCCUGUAUCCGGGCCAUUGCUGCUCGAAAAAGCGAAAUGGUUUCACUGUAAGAUGAAGAUUCCUGAACCAUUUGCUGCGUCUCAAGGAUGGCUGCAAUGUUUCAAAUCUCGCCACGGAAUUAGACAGUUGGAUAUCCAAGGUGAGAAACUAAGCAGUGAUUCUGACGCUGCAGCUCUCUACGUAACGGAAUUUAAACGACUUGUUGAGGCUCAUGAUCUUUCACCUGAGCAACUUUAUAAUGCUGACGAGACUGGUUUGUACUGGAAGGCUUUGCCGUCAAAAACGCUCGUAUCAAAAGAAGAAAAGUCUGCUCCAGGUCACAAGUCCAGUAAGGAAAGAAUAACAGUGAUAGCAUGUGCUAACGCUAGUGGUUCGCACAAAUUGAAACUUACCAUCUAUGCUCCAAAAAUUUGCCACAAAGAGCUGGACAACGCACCUUCCCAUCCUAGUGAAAAUGUCCUGAAAACAAGCGAUGACCAGAUUUUCGUCACAUAUCUUCCUCCAAACGUGACGUCUCUUAAGCAACCUAUGGACCAGGGCAUCUUAGAAGCAUUCAAGGGUCGUUACAGGAAAUCUUUACUCCGUUCAGUCUUGGAAGAAGACGGAGAUCUCCGUAAGUUUUACAAGAAAUGGACAAUUAAGGACGCAAUUUUCUCAUGUUCAGAGAGUUGGGAUGACAUGCCGAAUUUAACCUUUCGAAAGUCAUGGUGA